GAUGGAGGCAAGCUGUUUGAGGAAUGUGGCUUCGGUCUAUCUUCCCAUCAAUUUUGAAGUGUUAAAACCAACAUAUCUAAUAGUUUCUGCAAAAUAUUGAGUUUCCAUUUCUUUUUCAUAUUCUUCAGAUAAGGUUAUUCAAAUUUUCCCGGGACCUAAUGACAAGUUUGUGGGAUAUGGAGGAGGAGACUGGGAACGAACCGUCGCUGUUUGAUUAUCGUGGAGGAGAUGAUUCGGACUCCCAAGCUGAUGGUCUGGAUCCGCCUACAUUAUACAGGCAGUGGGGAGAUGAUCCUAACUAUGAUAUCCGUCUCUGUGGUAGGAUUGGACUCCAGUGCUACAAUCUUCAGAAGGGAACAAACUUUAAGUUUAAGAGUUGGGAGAUUUGUAGGGAUCAGAUGACUUCAUCCGAUGACUCGUUCAUAACUUUGGAGGCAACGGAUCCUGCCACUGGCUCGGUCUUGUCUUUUCAGACGCUGUUAAGCGAUUUUGGACCUCGCCGUUCAUUGGGUGUCAGACUUUUGUGGAUCAACUUAGCCUCCAGAAUCGAACCUAUACAGACAUCAGGUAACGAGCGUCUGGAUGAUAAUUGGGACAAGAGCGUAGUACAUGAAUUCUACAAAGGUCCAAUGCCCAAAUGGUUUUCUGAUGAAGCCUUGGAACGUGACAGUAGAAAAUAUUAUGUGGUGCCUGAAUCAGAGCUGCAUGACAAUGACUGGCUGCAACUUCUCAUGGAAGUCGCUUUAUUCUCCAAAACAAAUCGUUGUUUUGAUGGUGACCUACCCUUGAAGCUCAACAAGGUUGUUGUGGAAACUUUUGAAGAUGAGCCUCGUGAUAAGCUCAAGGCAAACAAUGCAAUCUUCUACCUAAGUUACAAGUGUUGUGCAGAUCCUUCUUCAAUGCGUUUGGCUGGUGAUCACAUUGCCGUAAUAAGGAAAACCAUGGAUGGUAAACCAGGCCACAUGAGUCUUGAAGUUGCUUUAACCAAAGAACAAGAAAAUGAGUAGACUGUGGGUAUGCUUGUCUUUAUAAUUUAGCGGUUAUGUUUUUUUUUCCAAAUUUUCGAUGUUGUGUGUUUAGCUCUUCUACUCUUUUGGACUAUUAACUAUUGGGAUAUCUGUAGUUAGCCUCAGGUAUUCAAUGUUUGUAAUUUAGACUGAGAAACCCAAGUAACUCAAAAAUGAGAAAG